UUGUGCAGAUGUUCUGAUAGGGGAUCAAAUUAGGGUUUACCGAAAAACACACUGAGUGAUAAAACAUCUGAGAUUGACGGAAUCGGAUAAAGUUCCCGCCAAUCUAUUUCUUCCGCCUCCGCCCUCCAGAGUUACUGUCGCCAGUGCCGGUACUCCACCGGUGUCACUGGCUCACUGUCGCCGCCGGCGCUGCCCCCCAUUCAGCGUUUCUCCCGCGUGGCUCCGUCACUGUUAAUUCUCCUUGCAUUGCCGUCUGAAUCUUCCUUCUUCUUCCGCAUCACUGGCUGUGUGGUUCUGCCGCUGCAUUCCUUCCGUGUCUGGUUCUACCUUAUUCUUCAGCGUUUGUCACUGCCUCACUGGUUAUCUGGUACUCUGUUUCUGCGUUCCUCUUCAGCUCCUGGUUCUGCCUUCUUUUUCUGCGAUCCGUCCCUGCUCUUCAGUCUUCAGCAGUUCAGCCUUCGUCCUGCAGUCCUGCUGCCACUGGGCCUAGGUGCCGCUGCUGUGUUCUGCCUCCUGGAGUUCAGCAGUUCAGCCCAGUGAAGCAAUAAAGCAAUACUGAAACUGAAAGUCUGAAAUACUGAAAGUCUGCCUCCUUGGACUCUUGGGAUACAUAUAUGAAGGUGUUGGCAUGAAACAUUGUAUAGGAUUGGAGGAAUAAUUAAUAAUCAGAAAAAUGACUAGGUUGUCUUUCAGGCCCCGGCCACUUGACAUCCACAAGAAGCUCCCCAUUGUUAAGUCUGUUAAGGACUUCGAAGAUGACGAGGCACCUACUUCUACUCGUAAUUCGCAGUUGCUGCGAAUUGCUACUGAGGUUGAGCAUGAGGUACAUCCUGUUCCCAGCAGGAGAGUGGCCUCUGAAAUCCCUACUCCUCAGUUUGUUGUUGUGGAUACAUAUGAAAGGGACUAUUCUUGCACUUUUGCUCAACCAAAUUCUUACUUGCGGGCAAGAGGAGCUCGGGCUGAGAUUGGAGAGUUUGUUGAGUAUGACUUGGACAAUGAAGAUGAGGACUGGCUUUUUGAGUUUAACAAGGAAAAGAAGAUUCUGAUGCCUGAAAUGUUUGAGGCUCUUAUUUUCAAGCUGGAGGUAUUGGAUCAUAAGGCUCGUGAAAGGGCUGGAGUUAUAACACCUACUCUUGGUUCACCAAUUCCGGUGCUACUACGGCUUGAUGGUGCUAUUGAGGCCCUACAAGCUCAGUCAAAAUAUACAGUUAUUGAAUCAGUAUAUGAUUACUGGAAAGAGAAGCGAGAAAGGUGGCAAAAGCCAAUUUUGCGACGUUUGCAGCCCCCUCCACCUUCUAAUGACACCAACCCAUAUAAUGUCUUCCGUCCUAGGGAAAAAGCCCACAGGCUUCACACAAGAAGGAUGCAACGAAGAGAAAACAAUGUCCAGUCAUUUGAGAAGCUUCGCCAGGUUAGACGGAACCUUGAACAAGCUAAGAGCUUGGUGCAGGCUGUGAUCAAGAGGGAGGAGAAAAAGAGAGAAGUAAUGGAUAAUGAAGUUAUGCUGCAGAGGAUACAAAUGAAGUAUAAGCAUGAAACCGAAUUUUUGGAAGACAGCUUAGCACUCUCGAGACUCGCUCCCUACUCUUCGAAGUUUGUUUCAAGUGAGGAGGAGUUCUUUGAGUCAGAUAUGAUGACUAGCCAUCCUCAUUCAAGGCCUUCAGUAGUACAGAUUCAUCCUUCAUAUGAUGCCAACCCAGCCAUGCUUCCUGCAGCUUUUUCAAAGCAAGAGUUUAGGAGGCAACAUGUUCCACAAGGCUGGCCUCAAAAGUUGGAUCCUCUUGAGCCAGUUUUGUUGUUCACAAAACCUUUACUUCCAGACAAGUUGGCUAUGGCAGGCAUUGUGCCACCAUCAGAUACUUUAAGAGAUAAUAAUGGUGUGCCAACAAGAGCAUAUAAAUUCCAUGGAAGAAUUGGCAGAGGAGGCCGUAUAAUAUUUGACAGAUGGAAUCCACUUAUGCAGACCCCAAUUGACUGUGGAAAUUCUUAUUAUAUGCCACCAAAACCAAGACCUUCAUUCAACAUGUAAUUAAAGCUGUGUUUGUCACACUAUUGUAGCUAAAUUUGAUUUAAUGUGCUGCCAGAUAGGAAUUCAGUUGAUAUUUGAUAAAAUCAUUAGGAGGGUACAGGGUAGCAAGGAUAAUUGUAGGUGUGAAACAUGGUUGGUUUGGUUCAACAAGAAUUUUAAUUGGGUAGGAAGUUAUGCAUUCUGUAUAAUAUGUUACAAAUGUAUUUUUCUCUGUCCUUCCAGAGCUCAUGAAUAUUUCCACUUUCUUGGAAAAAAAAUGUAAUAUAUUGUCUGUUUAACUGA